AUGGCGACUACCCUUUCAGCCCCAAAGAUAAAGGUUUUCCAGCUCUUGUGGGCAACAGACGACUCACAAAAUGAGGUUGAAAACUUCAUUGAUUCCCAUGCUGAAACAUCUGCCCUUCGCAAAAAUCUUAAAUACACCGAGUCAAGACCCCACCUCACCAUACCCCAGGAACUGAGACCCCAAAACCUUCUCACGGGGGCCCUGGCCGGACCUAAGAAGAUAACCGUGGCGCCUUACGUGUUUUCCGAUCCUGGAAAGAGCUUGGUUAUGAUCAUACAUCUUGGCAAAGAGACGUGCAGCCAUGAUGGGAUUGUUCAUGGAGGCCUUCUAGCCACCUUAUUAGACGAAUGUCUAACGCGAUGCUGUUGUCCUGCCUUUUCGAAGAAAGUGGCCGUCACUGCCAAUCUCAACAUUGACUAUCGCAAUCCUGCGAUGGCGAACUCUUAUUUUGUUUUGACGGCAAACAUAACGAAACUAGAAGGCCGAAAGGCUUGGAUGGAUGGUCGCAUUGAGACAUUGCCGAGCAAUGAAGAGAAAUCCUCUGUAAUUGCUGAAGCAAAGAGUCUUUUUAUUGAGCCAAAAGAGGGUGCCGGAUUGAAUGGUCCUUACAAGGCAGAGGCAACGGGUGAUAAACGCUACUUCCAGCUUUAG